AUGUACUGAGCAUGCUCAGUAGCAGCGAGCGAUUGGCACUCCAAGCCGGUUUCCGCACACAUUUGCCUGUUCUUGGUGUAUGGGAAGUAAGGCCAGGUGAUGAAGGAUGCCUAAGAAGAAGACGGGUGCUCGUAAGAAGGCUGAGAAUCGCAAAGAACGUGAGAAACAGAUAAGAGCUUCAAGAGGCAACAUAGAUUUGGCAAAACAUCCCUGCAAUGCUUCAAUGGAAUGUGAUAAAUGUCAAAGGCGGCAGAAGAACAGAGCAUUUUGCUACUUUUGUAGCUCAGUUCAGAAGUUACCCAUCUGUGCACAAUGUGGGAAAACAAAAUGUAUGAUGAAAUCUUCAGACUGUGUCAUAAAACAUGCUGGUGUGUACAGCACUGGCCUUGCGAUGGUGGGGGCUAUUUGUGAUUUCUGUGAAGCCUGGGUUUGCCAUGGCAGAAAAUGCCUCAGCACACAUGCUUGUAUCUGUCCACUUGCAGAUGCAGAAUGCAUUGAGUGUGAGAGAGGAGUCUGGGACCAUGGAGGCAGAAUAUUCAGCUGUUCCUUUUGCCAUAAUUUCCUCUGUGAAGAUGAUCAGUUUGAACAUCAGGCCAGCUGCCAGGUUCUGGAAGCCGAGACCUUUAAAUGUGUUUCCUGUAAUCGACUUGGGCAACACUCAUGCCUCCGUUGUAAGGCUUGUUUCUGUGAUGAUCACACCCGGAGCAAGGUUUUCAAACAAGAAAAGGGACGUGAGCCUCCCUGCCCAAAGUGUGGCCAUGAAACACAGCAGACCAAAGAUCUGAGCAUGUCGACACGUUCGCUCAGAUUUGGUCGACAGGCAGGAGGUGAGGAUGCCGAUGGGGCUUCUGGCUAUGAUGCCUAUUGGAAGAACCUCUCCACUGGCAAAGAUGGAGAUGCUGGUGAUCAUGAUGAGGAGUACGAUGAAUAUGAAGCAGAGGAUGAUGAGGAAGACGAUGACCAUGAGGAAGGAGGGAAGGAUCUGGAAACGGAAGCUGCUGACUUAUUCAGCAACUUGAAUUUAGGAAGAACCUACGCUAGCGGGUAUGCGCACUAUGAGGAAUCCACUGAUUAAGGCUGGAAGCCUAAGCAGCCUAAGUAGGAAGCAAGUCCUCUCUAACAUGGUGGGACAUCUGAGUAGACAUGUUUAGGAUCUGGUCAUAAGUCCAUACUUAUGGUGGCACUAGUAUUUGAGAGGAGCUGUGUGUAUAAUUAGUGAUUUUUUUUUUAGUGUGAACACUGGAAUAACUUUGCUAGGCUUUCAAGGAGCAAAGCUUAUUGGGAAAGAAAGGGAAUGGAGAUUCUACAGAUCAAAAUGUGUAUGGGUACUAAAGGGAAGGAUUGGUGAGUAAAAUGAAUUCAAGGUUGCAUUGCUUUAGGUAAUGUGAGGUAAGGAUUCGACUUAAUGCUCUGUCCUCCCCAGCGUAAGCCAGAUAAGGCCAUUUCUGUUUCUCUGCAUUCAUUAGACAUGAAGUUGUUUUCUUGAAUGAUUUUGAUGAUAUUGCUGUUAUCAUGUUCCAUAAACUAUCAAUAUUGGUGGCAAGGGACAUUAUUUUUAUGUCUCAAAAGCAGUCUCCUGCAAAAGCUAGAUUUCCCUCCCCCAUAAAUAUUGAUCCACCUUGAGCAUUUGGGGAAAUGCUUGCUGCAAGCUAUUGUAUUCAAAAUAUAAAUCGAAAUUAAAGUUACUUUGACAUUUUGUGUAAGCAAGAUCAAUCAGUACGUUCCUUUGCAGUGCACUUCUGGAUCGUUAUCUGAUUCUGCCUUUUUUUGAAUGCUAUACAUUAAUUGUAGAGUUCACAACCACUUUCAGCGUGACCUAAACAAACCUUUGAUCUCAUAUUUAUCACAAUAAAAAUGUCACUGUGUCCUC